ACAUCCAUUAUAGAUUAGGCCUUAGUAGUGUUUGUAGGGUUUACUGGAGCAGCCACAUUGAUGCAUUGUUUAUCUAUUAAUUAUUGUGAUUAUUAAAGUCGCCAUAGAGACAAUUGUUUUGAUCUCGGAUAAAUGCGCGUCCUGAUUUCGUAAAAAGUUAUGUCGUUGGAUCAAACAGUAUGCGAAGAUCUGAAAGCUUUCGAAAGACGACUCACUGAAGUUAUCGCCAGUCUGCAACCGGCCACUACACGAUGGAGAAUGCUGUUGGGUUUAAUGUCCAUUUGCACCGCCAUUGGGGCUUGGCAUUGGUUGACAGAUCCCAACACAUCAGCAGUAUCCUUUACACAGAGUUUAUACAAUCAUCCAUUUUUCACAAUGGCUAGUAUAAUAUUAGUGAUAUUGUUUAUGAUGGGAGUGCACAGACGAGUGAUAGCACCUAGUAUUAUAACUCAACGGGCCAGAAGCGUGCUCGGCGACUUCAACAUGAGUUGCGACGACACUGGAAAGUUGAUUCUGAAGCCCACGAGACCUCCUCACCCCCACGAGACUUAAAGUAUUCGCAAUAAAACAGUAAUUAAUUAUUAAAAUGUAUUUUUCUUUUGUGUUCAAAAAUUGUUCCCAAAAUUAUGACUAGCCAAGAAAUUAGAGUUGUAUAUUUUAAACUUUGAGUCUAAUGAGUUAUGCAUAUAUGUGAUCUCUUUUUAUAAUGCAUAUAAAAUUUAGGUAAAUUUGGAUGUGAAUACAAUAUGCAAUAUGUCUGAGUAUAUAUAAAAUUUUGGAAUCACAAUUUUUUCAUAACUUGAAUUAAUACUUUUUUUUACUUGAUUAUAUUCUAACACUACAUUGUAAUAAUCCAGAACUGUCUAGAAGAUGUAAUAAAGUAUAAGGAGAUUUUAAUCAAAUAAGAGAUAACGCUAAUUGAAAUUUCGUAUAUUGCGCUUCUGAAAAUUUACUGUUAAUUCGUCAAGUUAAGGGGAUCCUAAAGUGCCCGUCAAAUUUGAUCGAGGUCGAUAAUGUAGAGUCAUUCGUGCAUAUGAUUAACAAGAUUUCGUAUGUUCUUUUAUAUUUCGUAUAUUCUUUUAUAGAUUCGAAAAUCCUUUUCCAGAAUUAAAAUAUUCGUAUUAAUACCAUACAAAUUGAAUUUUAUACCGAGAAUAAAGAAAAUAUUUUUCCGACUGCUCUUUUUCUAACUUAUAUCUGAAUUAGUUAUAAAAAGUUCAUGAAAUAAUUUUUUUUCUAGAUUUUUAAUCUUAGUUUAAAUUACACAAUAUUGUUCGUAUAUGUUAUCCCUAAAGGAAUAUGGUUUCAUUUUGUACAUAGCAUAGAUUUUGUAUACUAAGCAAAUAUUGUCAUCAAGUGACAGCUCUACUUACCAAAAACGAAAUUUGUUUCUGUUUUUUAUAUUAAAUCGACCAUAUUCCCCUAGAUUUUGAUGCGUACUUUAAUCUUGUAAAAGAGUUUUGCGAUUCUAUAAAGCUAAUUAAAAGCAGAGAGGAACCUGAGAGCAGCCACCGCUUUUAUAUUAAUGUAAAACAGGCUUUACAUCCACGUUUGGCGCUGAUACUAGUCAAAUAUCGGUCGCACGAAAAAGGCCGUGAUGGCCGCUCUCCGCAAUUAAAAGAUUAGUUUAAUUAAAAAAUGUCAGCAAAACAGACGACUUUAGGAUCCCCUUCAAACUCUUAGAAGAUUAUAAUCAUAAAAUAACAAUUAAAAAGGUAACUAAAGUCAAGGCUUGUUUUUAAUUUGUAUAAAAUAUAAAUAAUGUAUACAUUACCUGUGUACAAUGUAAACUAUAUACUGUACAUUGUAUAAAAUGUCAUUUGAACAGUAAUUUAUGAAAUUGUAGACUAUUCAAAUUUCAUCAGAAAUAAUAAAAAUUAUGUUCCAACUAUUUAUUUUAAUAUUGUAUAUCUUUAUUUUAUAAAGUUUGAUAUAUUAACAAUUUAGAACUUGAUUACUUUUUCCAUAUUGUGUUGUCUAAUUUGUAAUAAUUUUCUUGUAUUGUCUAUAUGAAAGAUUCGCGUAAACAAUUGCAUAAAUAAUCCAUGUAGACGUAAUUUCUAAAUUUAACCCUGACUGAAGUUUCUUACAGAAAUUGUGAUUUUAAAGCCAUAAUGUGUAUAACGAUCAAAACAUUUAUUUGUGGCAAUAUUCCGCAUAUUACAAUCUUCACCAAUUUCAGUAUGCAUAGUUAUGAAACGUCUUUUCAAAAUAGUCACACAUGUACAACAUAAUCUAUGUGGAUUAUUGUUCAUUCAGUCAAAUAUUCAUGAGGAGUGUUUCGGUCAGUUCUGAAAUUGUACUAAACUACAGUAAAACGAUCUUUAGGUGCUCAAUAUUAUUACAUAACAUUAUUGCUUGUCUGGAAGCUACAUUGAGGAUUUGUAUAAUAUAGUAUAUAAUUUAUUUCCUAUUUCUGAGCUUGCUCGAUAAUCAGAUUUUGAUCAACUUUUGUUAUAAGUAAUUUGUUGGAUGCAAUUGCUAUACAUAUUUUUGAUGACAAUUAGAUAAGGCCAAAGUCAGACAUUAAACUUAUAAUACAUAGUAGAAAAUAUUUUGUAUUUAUGUUAAAACUAUGUUAAAAUUUUUGUGUUGAAUUUAACGUAUGUUGUUAUUAGAUUGCUUUAUGUACAUAUGCAUAAUUUAGGUUGUAAUUAUUCUUAAAUAACUAGAAUAAUAUAAUUAAUGAUGCUUUUUCAUGCUGAUACUUGAUAUUCAUUUUCAAAGUCAAAUUAAAUCACUCGAUUACAAGUAAUCCAUUCAAGUUCACUAAUCAAUGUUAAUUCUGAUAGAAUUUAUUGACGCUAAAAAUAAUAAGCACCAAGCAUUAUAAAUUGGUAAUUGAAAAUAUAUUAUGCAACAGUAUCCACACAGAGAACCAAUAUUUUACAAAUUGCAUAAUAUAUUUCAAAGAACUUUUGAUUGACACAAUAUAUUGCACAAACCUUUAACAUACAGAUAAUCAGUAAUAUUGUGUAAUAAUAUUGAGUGUCCAAAAGCCGUUUAUAUUGAAUUCUAAAUGAAAGAAUAUUGUAUGAUAUUAUUAUACAAUAAUAUUGAGCAUCUAAGGGCCGCUUAUAUAUACAAAUGAAGUUACGCAACUUCUUGGAGUGCUAUCUCCAAUAUACUGUCGAUAGAUUGCGUAUUCGAAAAAUAUUUUGUAAGAUGUUCCUAACAAUUACUGGAAACUCAGUGCACAAAGUAAUUUUUUGAAAAUGUGUAUAUACAUGCGCAUACACCUUGUCAACUUGAAAAAUCUCUUAUUCUCUCUAACUUUAUGAUAAUUUGAAUUACACAACCUAUGCUGAAAGAAUUUAAAAAAUAUUUCAUCAUUAAGCAUUUUACAGUUUUCGUAACAAGAAAUUUGAUUAUUUACAGAUUGCUGAUAAAAUAGAAAAUAAAUUGUACAUGUCUCACACAGGUUAUUUCGAGUUUUUCGAAUUUGUGUUGCAUUGUAUUGCAGGAACAUCUCUGACGUUGUUAGGAUAUACAACACACAUACACAACACGCGCGCGCGCGCACACACACACACACACACACACACACACACACACCACAAACAAUGUUUGUAUAUAUGUAUGUAUGCAUGCAUGCAUUCUUUUUCUUCUGUAACAAUUUUUUUCAUAAAAAUGAAUUUGUAUCUACUUAGGCUGUUUUCUUUUUAGGGAACACAAGCAUUGUUCUAUCUUUUUUUAUGUUCAGUGAGUAACAAAGAUAGAACAAUACUUGUGUCGAUUGUGUUCCCUAAAAGAAAAGCAGCCUUAGUUACUGUACGCAAUUUCGUGGAAAAA